AUGGCCGACCGCGGGGAGCCGCCGGGGGGCUGCGGGGCUGGGGGCACGCCGGCGGCCGUGCCGCGGCUUCCGCUGGGCACCCCGUCGGGGGGCUCGGGGGUGUCGCUGCCGCGGCUGGAGAAGCCGAUCAAGCAGGCCUUCUACAACACCGGGGCGCUGCUGUUCGCCGGGCUGUGCUGCGGCGCCGCCGUGCUGGUGUACUUCAUCCUGGAGGCCUUCCUGCGGCCGCUGCUCUGGGCCGUGCUCUGCGGCACCUUCCUGCACCCCUUCAAGAGCUCGCUGACGGCGCUGGGCCGCCGCUGGCUCGGCCGCCUGCAGCGCUCCGGCACGCCGGUGCUGCUGGCCGCCCUGCUGCUGCCCGCCUGCUUCGCCAACUACGGCGUGGAGGCGCUGGGCCAGCAGGUGCUGCGGCGCCGGCGGCUGCUGCUGCUGCUGGGCGCCGGCGGGCCGCUGCUCUACGGGCUCUACUGCCUCGGCAGCUCGCUGGGCGUGCAGCUGCUGCUGGCCCAGGCCGCCCGCCUCAUCUGCCAGGGGCUGGACUACUUCAGCAGCCAGUGGAUAUGGACCUUGGUGCUUGGUUACUUGUUGAUGGUUUCAUUCAAGUGGAAUAUAAGCACCGAGCGCUACUUAAAAGCAGUCUCCGUUCCUGUCUGGAUCAUGCUGCUCUUUCACCUAGCUUCUGUGGCAGGUUGCUGGAGAAUUCCUGUGUUCCUGGUUAUAGUUGUUCUGAUGACUAUAGGCAUGUUGCAUGAACAGCAGAAUGGAAAAGAGUCUUCUGGGGCAGAGCUUCCUGGUCAGAUGAUUUCCAUUGCUGCUUCAACAAUUGCCAUGGCAAUUUCAAUGACAGAAGACGAGUCCAGUAAUGAACGUUCCUCACAACCCUCAGGUGUGACAGAAGGCGAUCAGCCUCCACAAGCAUCUUCAUCUUUCUCCUCUUCAUCCUCUUCUGGGAGCAGACAAAGACCUGAGAUGGGAUCUUUUCUUAAAAAGAAGAAAACCAGUGAUGUUUACUUCGUUACGCUUGUGUGGGCUAUUGUCGUUGUCCAGAUCUGGCUGAAUUUCUGGAUUGUGCAGCUAUUGCCAGUGCCUUUUGCAGUUUGGGCACUGAAAAAAAUUGUGGUUCAUUUUGGAGUUUUGAACUUCAUGGCAAACCAUUGCAAAAGUUGGUGGCAACUUGUUGAAAACUUUGUGAAGGAACGUCAGGAAGCUCUUGCUCCACGACCCAUCAGAGGGCUUGGAAGGGUCAUGCUGAAGCUUGACAGUAAGCUGUGGCACUGGCUUAAUAAGAAGAUGAUCGUGUGGUUGGAGAAAAUGCUAGAUAAAAUAAUCAGCAUUUUCAUAAUAUUUUUGCUAGUAAUAGGAACCCUUCUGCUAGCCCUGCUCCUUACUGCAAAGGUACAUCAAGAGAGCGUUCACAUGAUUCAAGUCACAAGCAGCUUGAUCAAUGAGACAGUAGCCAGUCACCCAGAAUGGGCAAACUGGCUCCCCGAAGCCCAGGUUAUUCAGAAGGCGCUCAACUCAGCAGCUAAUAAUGUGUAUCAGUAUGGCCGAGAGUGGAUUACACAUAAGCUCCAUAAGAUUUUAGGAGAAAAAGUGAACAACACCGCUGUGAUUGAAAAGCAAGUGCUAGAGCUCUGGGACAGGCUUUAUCACUCUUGGUUUGUGAAGAAUGUAACACAUUCUGGAAGACACAAAGGACACAAAUGGCACAUAAACCGUCAGAACAGCUGGCUUGGUGAUAUUCUGGACUGGCAAGAUGUUGCUUCAUUUGUUCAUGAUAACAUUGAAACAUUUCUUUCGAUCCUGGAGUCUCUAUGGAUAGUGAUGAGUCGCAAUGUGAGCCUCUUGUUUACUACUGUUACAACAUUAGUGACAAUCCUUUUCCACAGUGGGACAGCUCUUCUCAAUUUUGUGCUUUCAGUGGUGAUUUUCUUGACCACACUGUUCUACCUAUUAAGUUCCAGUGAUGAAUACUACAAGCCAGUGAAGUGGGUGAUAAGCCUGACACCUCUGUCUCAGCCAGGUGCCUCCUCAAAUAUAGUUGGCCAAUCUGUGGAGGAAGCAAUAAGAGGUGUAUUUGAUGCUUCCCUCAAAAUGGCUGGGUUCUAUGGACUCUACACAUGGCUGACUCACACUAUAUUUGGGAUUAAUAUAGUCUUCAUACCAUCUGCAUUAGCAGCAAUCCUUGGAGCAGUUCCAUUUCUGGGGACAUACUGGGCAGCAAUCCCUGCAGUCCUAGACUUGUGGCUUGUGCAAGGACAGGGAUGCAAAGCCAUUUUGCUCUUGGUUUUUCACCUGUUGCCAACCUAUUUUGUAGAUACAGCAAUAUAUUCGGAUAUAUCAGGAGGUGGUCACCCUUACCUGACAGGUCUUGCAGUAGCUGGUGGAGCAUAUUACCUGGGACUAGAAGGAGCCAUCAUAGGACCAAUUCUACUUUGUAUACUUGUGGUUGCCUCCAACAUAUACAGUGCCAUGUUAGUUAGUCCAACAAAUUCAGUGCCCACUCCAUCACAAGCAGUGUGUCCAUUACAGAUUUACCGGUCACCUAGAGAGAGUCCUGAGGAGACAAAAAUGGCUGCCGAAUGAUGACGUUGCUGUGCUGCACCUAUUCGACACGAGAGAAUCAUUCUCUUCUGUCUUGAGUUCACAACAGCCAUGGCCUUCUGUCCCUUUCCAGCUGAACCUAGGGAUAGCUCACGGGGAAGCAUAGUUUGGGCGUUAGGAGAAACCACUUCCCAAAUUACUGCUGGCCUUUCAUCAUUGUGCACUUUGCUUCUUCGAGAGAGGAAGAAGUCUACUUCCAUGGCUUUGCAUACUAACACACAGUUCCACUGCCGCCUUUGUAGACCUUCUAUCUUCAUAAAAAGGAUGGCUGAGAGGACAGGUAUAUCCACUGGAGUUGUUAUCUGCUGAAAUAACAAACUUGGUUUUUAUUUAUUGGGUUAUUUGCAUUACUAAAUUGUAGUAGAUUUACAGAAAGCUAAUUCCAAAAUAUUUAUUUUCCGUUCAUCUGGUGGCAACAGAGAUGUAAACCACUGAUUGUUAAAUGAAGAUUGAAUACUGUUUGUUUGCUGCUCCUCAAAGUAUUUCUUUAAAGGCUUUAAUCAUCACCAAUAACUCAUAAGUACACUUAAAUCUUUUCCUCUUAUAAGCACUGAAAUUUAUUGUUGUUGGAGACAGGUAUUUCUAAUAUCUUCCUGAAAUUAGUAGACAUACAGAUUGUAAAUGUGGGUUUUCCUCAUACUGAAAUAGGAGGACUUGUUUAAAUAGUUUAAAUCUGAUAGUAUUUUGCUGUCUGUUCACCAUCCCAGUGGAGUCAUCUUGUCAACUAAAUUUAAUCAAAGGCCGUAAAUGUUUUCAAUCAGAGGUAACGUACAAUUGUCAUGUCUCCUUCCAAUAAUAGGAAGAGCUUGAAUGGGGAUUGUCUUAUGUUGUUUUUCAAAUGCUGUGACUGAGUGCCAUUUACUUUUCAAACAAAUACAAGUUUAUUUCUAAAGAGGAAGGGAAAAGAAUACAGGCUUUGGUUUGUUUAGUUCCUUUUGUUUGUUUGUUUGUUUGUUUGCUUUUUCCCUUGUAUGCCUCUGGCCAAAUAUCUUAGAAAGUUAGGCAGAGUUCUUAAAUUUCUGAAACAGUGCAUUGCCUAGGUCACAGAAGCAAACUACUUUAGCGUUUUUCUUCCAUAUGUAAUUCUGCUUAAAUUGCAGUUUUGGUGACAUUUAAGGCCUUUCGUAUUGCUUGUUGAAAUACUUUGACACAAUGGAUCUUUAUACCAUGGAAAACAGGAAGUGUUUUUUUGGUGGAAGUUUCAUACUUGAACAAAUUUUCCACAAACACAUUGAGGCCCUUGGUACAAAGUAGCAGUUGCACAUGCUUAACCAAAGAACCACCUUUCAGUUUCUAGUAAGUUAUAACUUAUCUUGAAUUUAUUUCAGAGUUUGAUUGACAAGAUUUAUAUUGAAUACAGGCAUGCCUUGCAUUUAUUGUUUACCAUAACACAGCGGUUGGUACACAAAUCUGUUCGUAUCUAGGGAUAAGGAUGUCUGGUUUGUGUAGAGACAGGUUUCAGUAAAUUAGAUGUUUAUUCUAUUCCCAUUGCAGAGGUGCUUAUAGAUUUGGAAGGCUCUUAUUUUCUUGAUAAUACAUGUAUAUUUAGAUGAUUUCUGAAAGUAUAUUGACAUAAAAAGUGGCUGGCAAAUAGCCUGAUACUUACUAAGCAAGGAUAGGUUUGCUAUAGGUUUGCAAUAAACAGGCUGCCUAUUAAGAAAUAAAUAGCCUAGUCCUCAGAUUCUCUGAAUUUGCUGCUGCAGUUUUACUGAAAUUUUAUGCCUAAAUGUGGGGUUUCAAGUGUGCUGGUUUUGAUCUUGCAAACUUGCAGAUAUGUGUGUGGAGGACAGAUUCAGGCUUACUGUAGUGGUUGGACUUUAGUUCAUUGAAAUAUGGAAAUAUCCCAUUUAAUAUUUUAAAUUCUGAAAGACUACACAUCAGUUUGAAGUAACUGUACAGAAGGAUGUGUUGUUUGUAUUAAGUAACUGUCCCCUAUUUUAAUUUCCUUUUUUUAAAAAUUAAUCUUUAAUAAAACACAUUUUCAUAAUUGUUGCUGGCUAGGUUGGAGGAUGACGGAGAAACUGAGGCUGCUCCUAAAUACUCCAGCAACACUCUAACCAAUUUAAAUGAGACCACCAUGAUACUUGGGAGACUUUUUUUAUUCUAUUUUUUUUUCUUUUUGUCCAGAAUUUUGCACUGAAAUGUCUUCUUCACAUUAUAGCUUCUUGUAGACAGUAUUUAAUGAUUACUAGCAAGAAAUAUGCAUGUUUAAUGUAUUCCCAGUUUUCUGUUGGCUCUUCUUUGCUCACUGGUCAAGACAUUUGUAUUAUCCACAUUUGUUUACCCAGUUAUUUUUGAGACAAUCUUUCAGACUCAGCAUGGUCAUUUUAAGGAGUUGUUAUUCUUUUGUUUGUUUGUUUUUAAGUUUUCUUCUUCUCCCUCCCCGUUCAUGUGACUGCCUUAGAUCAAAGAAGGGUUUCUUAUGUGAAGAUUGAAACUGUAUUUCAGACAGUCAUCUUCAAUAAUGGCAAGUCAGUGCAAUCAGCUGAGAACGUAUGUUGCUAUUUUGAAAUGUUCCUUUUCCAACAUGAAGAGAAAUCGCUUUGUGUGGAGAAUUCAUUUCUUACAUAGUCUGUUAGUUUGUCCACCUUUGAAAUGAGUCUUCAUACUUGAUGCUUCCUGUUUUAAAUUCGACUAGGGCUUGCCAUGGAGAACUUUCUGUACUUUCUGUAGUAUGGUCUUUCUCAGGAAAUGAAACUUAAGGAUCCUGUGCUAUGUGCCAUGUCUGACUGAGGAAUAAGUUGUGUGGCUUGGUGGUACAGUAAUGGUAUGCUGCCAGAAAGAAAAGAACAAAACCUCCAAUAACACCCUUUCAGAAUAUGAAAUACAGAAUUCUGCCACUCACCCUUGUGUAUUUUGCUAGCUCCAUGUUCUUUUCUGUAAAGAUUUGGCCUCUUUAAGACUAGUUUGGUUUAGAUCAGUCUCACAAUAACCUGAAAAUAAUCAAAGUGGUCAUUUUGACUUCUGGUCAUUUCAACAUACGAUUUCCUAUUAUAUUGCUUUGUCUGCAAAAGCAAACAGCAGCUCUGUGAGAUGAGCUUUUAAAUGUCUUGUAGGCUUCAGAAAAAAAAAAAAAAGGAUGAGCGGGGAGGGAAACUGCUCACACACGUGUUUUGUAGAGGCAUUUAACUACAGUUUUCUUAGCAGUGCCAGUCUUAAUAUGUUCAUAGGUAAGAAGUUGAUGGUCUUUAGCUUUAUUGUAAACAGUCAUUCCAGGGGCAAGUAUUUACUUGUAUUUGAUACAUUUAGUAUUCAAUUUGGAACAAAAACAAUUUAGAAUUCAGAAGGGAGUGUUUAUAGUAAUAAAACAAGACAAUGUGGUCUCACAGUGUUGUAAUGUACAAUGAUACUGUUUUUUAUCAUUCUUUUCUAGCAAGUCAGGCUUGUUGCAAGUAAGUGCAGUGCCAAAGGGUCAGGGUAACUGUUUUUGCACAGAGCCUCAGUUAGCCCUUUCUCCCCUUCCUACACCUUAGCUGAAUGUUACUGUACUGCAGCAGAGCCAGCAGAAGUGAAUGUGUGCCCGUUUACAGCCCAUCUUGUUAACCUCAGGUCACUGUAAAUACUGGCUUAAUUGAACACAACGCAGCAAGUUGCAAAGGGUGAGAGUCCGGCACAUGCUCAUUUUGCCAGCCUUACUGCAAAACGCUGGCUUUCAGCACAGAUGCGCUGUGACCAGCUGGGAGCAGCAAUGGCUUAUUUUGAAAAAAAAAACAGUGUUUAACAUUAGAGGCGUACAUACAGUAUGCAUUUUACAGAAAUUAACUGGAUACCCCCGUGUCUAAUAAUUGAGACAACAGUCUGAUUUUUCCAUUCACAUUGGUAUACAUGUUGGUUCAUCUAAGAUACCUUGAGGCUUGUCUGAUUUCAAAGGGUAAGUGACUUUUCUUAAGUCACACUGGGAGAAGAAAGAUGCACUUUUGUACAUUCUGUCAGUGAUUAUUGGAUUGUGAAAUCCAUAAUCUGUUAAAUUGAAUAAACGAAGAAAAAAAACAUUGCAAAGGGAAAAUCGGAGGCUUUCUACAAUAUUAAACAUCAGUGUAAUUUCUGAAAUAGGUGUUUGGUUGUAAUAUUAAACAGGAUUUCAGAAAGCCUGAAAAUACAAAAUUGGAUAAAAUUAUACCCCACUAAAACCAGCAGCAGCAUUACUAAAUUACUAAUCCCAAGUAUUGGUGGCAGAAUAUUGUACAGAGUGCUGCCUUCCCUAUGAAAUAUCAUUAUUCUCCUGAGACUGUAUGGCUUUGCAUCACUGGUGGAAGAUGCUUCCACAACUGCCUUUAUUCAGACAUUGUGUAUAUAUUAUAUUGGCUUAACUUUCUCACUGCUACCUUUAUGGAAACCACAUCAUCUUUACAAAUUCCAUCUUGGCUUGUUUUUCAAGGGUAUUAUUAUUAUUAAUCACUAACGCUUUUUGGUGAAGCAUGCUUUGGCAAAUCUAUUCCCUUCUAAUUUCUGAUUCCACAAAACUAAAAUUGCCAAAUACUAAACUUUUUUAAGGUUUGAUCUUCAACCUGUUACUGUUGUUCUCUCAUUUUCAGUAACAUUCUUUAAUGCUUCAUGAUAAAAAUAUCCCAGAUCACUUUUAAGUGAUAAAACUGGAAAUUUAAGAAAAAAAUUGCAGUGUGGAAAAUGAAGUUGAUGAACCAGAAUCCAUGCCAGAAGUGUAGAGCCUAUUCAGGGAUUCCACAUGGGGUUCAUAAAUGUAUGUGUUGAUGUGCACCAUUCUAUAAAUAUGAACAGUGACUGUCAUAUUCAGGCUUCAACUGAAAUUUUGUCCUAUCGUUUUUUUUAAAGAUACCUGAGAACAAAAUAGUGCCUCUAUAUAGUGAAAACAAGCACUAUUUUCUAGAAUUAAUGUUUACUUCCUAAAGGUCAGGGGAGAAGCAAGCAAAUACUGGUGGGGUGACUAGGACUGUUUUGCUGUAGUUAAUAUAAAGUUGGGAAAGACUGCUCUUCCAUCUAGUAAGGCAUUGCUAAGAGAUUACUGGUCCUGGAAGUAUUUGCACACAUCUACUAAAGAGCUGCCAAAAUUAAUAGGUCAUGAAAUACGUCUUCAGAUCCCCAGUGUCUUAACCUCUUCCACACCCUCAUCUGGUACCUCAUUUUGAAUCUGGUUUAGUAUAUGAGAGUGUUGCUUCAUGCUAUUUUGGGAUAGAUUCCCCUGAAGGGCACGCUUUGAAUGUCCGUACUGAUACAGUAUGUCCAAUUCAGGAAGGAAUUGCUAAUUGGCAAGUAAGUGCAUCCCUAAUGUGCUCUGCAUAUGGUUGGACUUGGACAAAUAUAAUUGAUGUUUUAUUGAACUAGAGGUUGUUUUUUGAGCAGUGUUAUAUAGUGAUUCCAAAGCUAGGUGUGGGUCAGAAGCAGGGCAUAUUUGCUUGCAGCAGGAUGCAUUUGGAAGAUAGUGAAGGCAGCAUGAGUGCCCUAACAUCCAUGUAUCUAUCUGAACGAUUUUCAGCAUAAAGGUUUUAAAAGGAAAAUUCUGAUUUCUUUUCCUAGCCUGACUUUUUGUGUCUUGACUUUCAAUGGGGACCCAAAGUCAGAGUAACUUUUCAUGGUACCACUGUGGAUUAAAUGUGAGAGGCAUCACAAAGCUACAGUGUAGCCACAGAACAGAAGUUGAUUAGGAAUUGUCAUCCAGACCAUAAGGUUGGAAGAACAAAAUCCAAAAUUUUGGCCUCCUUUCUGCCAGUCUGAAGUUUUUUCAAGAAGAAUCAGUAAAAAACAACUUCAUGUUGUUUAUACCUUAAUGGCUGAGUAGAUCAAUGUUUUCAGUUUCCAUUGUCACCACUGGUAUAUUCUGCAAGCAUACAAGUUGUUCAGAUUGUUACCUUUAAAAAGAAACUCUCUGCCUCACUGACGGUUGGAAAGAAACUUUCUAUAAUAAUAUUGGGUGUUUACCUAUAAAUAUAAGUUAACUACUGUUUGAUAUUUUGGUUGGGAGACUAGCAACGGUUUUGUUUGGUUUUGUUUUUUCCCCUUUGGUAAAUUUCACCAAACCAAAUCCAAAGAAAACUUUGAUAUUGCGUGCUAAGACUGGCUAGAUCCUACUAAAAUCUAAAAGCUGUGUUAGAGAGCACAGUUUGUUCAAAAGCGUGCAUUUCUAAUCAGUACUUGGGGGGAUUUGGAGCAAUAACUUCUAUCUGUUGACUCAAAUUUGUCUGUAAAUGUACCUGUGAUACAUCUUCAGAAUGGAACUACAUUCAAAACUAAUGUUUCCAUAACUGGUUUUGGUACAGCACCUUUUUUUUUUUUGCAUGUGUAAUACUGAAAAUAUAAUCUGUAUGUCCAUUUGUGGCAGAAAAAGAAUGUGAGUUAAGGUUAAGAAGUACUUGUGUAGACUUCAGAGGUAUUUAAUUAAUUUUGAUUGUAUGCACCAGUCCUCUUCCUAAUAACAUUUUUUUUUUUGUAGCAGGUAUACGAGGCUUUUAACUUAAUAUUGUAUUCAUAUUGCAGUCCUUUGUAAGCACAGAAUGUUUAAUAUAUUUUGAAAUAAAAUGCUGUUAAAGAAAA